UGACUUCGCGGGCCAAGAUGCGCAACCCCGCCCGAGCGCCUUUCCCCAGGCCAGCCCCAGAGCGCGCUCUGCUUACCCUUACCCUCCCUCAGCUCGGCUCUACCCCCGGGGCCCACAAAACCCAGGGGAGCCGCCCAUGAGUACUCCCAUGAGUACGCGCGCGCAGUGCCCACCUCUGCCAGCUCCGCACCGUCGGCCCUCGGGUCGCCUGCCCGGGGCCCGGCCCCGCCUCCAGGCCCGGCCCCGCCUUCAUGCCGGGGUCCGCGCACGCGCGUCUCCCUGUCCCAGCCUUGCCCCCGCCCCCGCCGGUUCCGCGGUCCCACGGCGCCAGGUUGCCCCCAGCCUCCUCCCUCUUCUCACCGUCGCCGUGUCCCACCCUCCCUAGCUUUGUGCCUGGGGUGCCGGGCUCUUUCCCCGUCAGCCGCGCCGCGGGAGGAGGGAGCCGCCACCGAGGAGCUGCCGCUCGCUGCCCCGGGGAGGGGCACAGUGGAAACCAAGGCGAUGUCUUACUACCUCAGCUCAGAAAGCCACCUGGACCCGGGGCCCAUCUACGUGCGAGAAAAUGGGCAGCUGCACAUGGUCAAUCUGGCUCUGGAUGGUGUCAGGAGUAGCCUGCAGAAGCCAAGGCCUUUCAGACUGUUUCCCAAAGGCUUUUCUGUGGAGCUUUGCAUGAACAGGGAAGACGACACUGCGCAGAAAGAGAAGACUGAUCAUUUCAUCUUCACAUACACCCGGGAGGGGAAUCUUCGGUACUCGGCCAAAUCCCUCUUCAGCCUUGUCCUGGGUUUCAUCUCCGACAAUGUGGAUCACAUUGAUUCCCUUAUUGGCUUUCCUGAGCAGAUUGCUGAAAAGCUGUUCUCUGCUGCUGAAGCCAGACAGAAAUUCACUGAGCCAGGUGCGGGGCUGAGGGCUUUACAGAAAUUCACUGAGGCCUAUGGAAGUUUGGUGCUUUGCUCCUUGUGUCUGAGAAACAGGUAUCUGGUGAUUUCAGAAAAACUUGAGGAGAUUAAGUCUUUCCGGGAGCUGACCUGCCUGGAUCUUUCAUGUUGCAAGCUUGGAGAUGAGCAUGAACUUCUAGAACAUCUCACCAAUGAAGCCCUAUCUAGUGUAACUCAGCUCCACCUGAAGGAUAAUUGUUUAUCUGAUGCUGGAGUGCGGAAGAUGACGGCACCAGUUCGAGUGAUGAAAAGAGGCCUUGAAAAUCUAACAUUAUUAGACUUAUCAUGUAACCCUGAGAUCACAGAUGCAGGCAUUGGAUACCUCUUUUCUUUUAGGAAACUUAACUGCUUAGAUAUCUCUGGUACAGGGCUCAAGGACGUCAAAACCAUCAAGCACAAGCUCCAGACCCACAUAGGCCUUGUUCACUCCAAAGUGCCUUUGAAGGAAUUUGAUCAUAGUAACUGUAAGACAGAAGGCUGGGCUGACCAGAUCGUUCUGCAGUGGGAGCGUGUGAUUGCGGAAGCUGUGAAGCCACGGGAAACCUCAAAGCCUAGAACGGCAGCUCAGCGCUUCUACGGGAAGCAGUCUCGAGCAGAAGCCCCAUUGAAGCGUCCUGUGGCAGACACCCACAUGAACUCUUCUGAGAAACUCCAGUUCUACAAAGAGAAAGCCCCAGAUUGCCAUGGGCCAGUGUUGAAACACGAAGCUGUCUCAAGCCAGGAGUCAAAGAAGAGCACGAAGAGACCUUUUGAGGAGUCAGAGACAAAACAGAAUAACCCUUCACAACCUUCAAAGCAGAAAUAUGUAUGUCUUGCUGUGGAAGACUGGGACCUGCUAAAUUCCUAUUGAUUAGUAGGUACAAGUUGACCUUUCUCCCCCCAGCUCUAACGUUUGAAGAAAGGAGACUAAGGAUGAUUUACUUUUUGUUUGAAUUUGCCUAUGGCAUUAGCAUAGCAAGCAGAUAUUUCUACUUUUGUGGUGGGGGAGGGGAAUGCUAUGGGAGUAUGUAAUAAUUUCUAAUGUAUAUUUUCAAUACAUAGUAAUUUUUUCAAAUAAACAUUUUUGCUGUCCUUAA